AUGAACGGAGAGCUGUGGGUGCAGUCGCCACGUCUUCUCAACCGCAAAAUCAACUUUCUGAGGUAUAACAAGCGGGUGGCGGAGGGGCAGUGGGCUGUGAUGGACGUGUCUGUCGACGGCAUCCUUGGACUGCCAGCAGGUAGCCGCACCACUGAUGACGCCGCCAUUGCAAACAACACAACAGGCUGCAGGCUGCUGCUGUCCGGCUGCCUCAUUGAGGACAUGGGCAAGGGCAAUGGCUACUGCAAGAUCACAUGGGUUGUCCACGCGGAGUAUGACGAGACCAUGGUGCCAACAUUCAGGCCACUGCUCCGCUCCGGUAAGGCUUUCGGCGUGCGCCGCUGGCUCGCGACGCUGCAGAGGCAGUACGAGUACCUCGCUGUUCUGCACUCCAGCCAGGUCCCAAGAGGCGACAACGACAACAACACAGGGAGGCGUGAGGUGUUUCGUUUGGGUCCAAGAUCACAAGACUAAUGUGAC